CGCGAGAAGGGGAGGAUGCGCUUCCACAAGCUGCAGAACGUGCAGAUCGCCCUGGACUACCUCCGGCACCGCCAGGUGAAGCUGGUGAACAUCAGGAACGAUGACAUCGCCGACGGCAACCCCAAGCUGACGCUCGGCCUCAUCUGGACGAUCAUCCUGCACUUCCAGAUCUCCGACAUCCAGGUGAGCGGGCAGUCGGAGGACAUGACGGCCAAGGAGAAGCUGCUGCUGUGGUCGCAGCGCAUGGUGGAGGGCUACCAGGGCCUGCGCUGCGACAACUUCACCACCAGCUGGCGCGACGGCCGCCUCUUCAACGCCAUCCUGCACCGCGGCUCCAGCCUCUGCGGUCUGGAGAGGGGGCCAGGAGGGGCCCGGGUGGUGGGGCCCAGUGCGGGGGGCGUUGGGGGGCGGGGCCCCGAGUCACAGUGCCCCCGCCCGCAGGACGUCCGGCUGCUGGUGGCCGGCAAGGCGCCGCAGCGGGCGGGUGAGGUGGAGCGGGACCUGGACAGUGCGGACCGCAUGAUCCGGCUGCUGUUCAACGACGUGCAGGCCCUGAAGGACGGCCGGCACCCGCAGGGCGAGCAGAUGUACCGCAGGGUGUACCGCCUGCACGAGCGCCUAGUGGCCAUCCGCACCGAGUACAACCUGCGCCUGAAGGCUGGCGUGGCCACACCCGUCACCCAGGCCACCCAGGCCACCCAGGCGACCCUGCAGCGGCGGCCAGAGCUCGAGGGCUCCGCGCUGCGCUACCUGCAGGACCUGCUGGCCUGGGUGGAGGAGAACCAGCGCCGGGUGGAUACCGCCGAGUGGGGCGUGGACCUGCCCAGUGUGGAGGCCCAGUUGGGCAGCCACCGGGGCCUACACCAGUCCAUCGAGGAGUUCCGUGCGAAGAUCGAACGAGCGCGCACGGACGAGGGCCAGCUCUCCCCGGCCUCGCGCGGGGCCUACCGCGACUGCCUUGGCCGGCUGGACCUGCAGUACACCAAGCUGCUGGCGGCCGUGCCCUCCGUGUGCUUCCUCGUGCCCCCGCCCAACCAGGAGGCGCAGGAAGCCGUCAGCAGGCUGGAGGCCCAGCACCAGGCCCUGGUCACGCUGUGGCACCAGCUGCACGUGGACUUGAAGAGCCUCCUGGCGUGGCAGAGCCUCAGCCGCGACAUCCAUCUCAUCCGCUCCUGGUCCCUGGUCACGUUCCGCACGCUGAAGCCCGAGGAGCAGCGCCAGGCCCUGCGCAGCCUGGAGCUGCACUACCAGGCCUUCCUGCGAGACAGCCAGGACGCGGGCGGCUUCGGGCCCGAGGACCGCCUGCAGGCCGAGCGCGACUAUGGCGCCUGCAGCCGCCACUACCAGCAGCUGCUGCAGGCCCUGGAGCAGGGGCCGGCGGCCGGCUUGGGCAGGAGUGGGCUGGGCCCUGGCGCCCCUGACACCCCAGCGCUGGUGCCCUGA